AUGAAUACGACAGAAGACUUGGACUCAGUUCUGUUCUGGGGUCUGCACGACCAAGGCGUCACUCUUGAGUACCUCAUGGUCAACAUCGUCCUCUUCAUCAUCGGAGUCUUCGUCGUCUUCCUCAACGCCGUCGUCUUCUACGCCAUGACUCGAGAAAACCCCUCCGACGGCGACGUCAGCAACUACAUCAUCGCCAACCUCUCCGUCACGGACAUGAUCACCGGCAUGUUUGUCGUCUACACGGUCGUCUACAAUCUCGUCAACUUCCAGUCAAAGGUGGAGUGCUACAUCAGACUCGGAUUCGUCCAUUUCUUCUCCCAGUCCUCGGUCUUUCACCUUGUCCUUCUGACCGCCGACAGAUACGUGAAGAUCAUAUUCCCUUACAAACACAUCAUCAUCUUUAAACGGAGACCCGUCAUCUACGCAUCAGCGAUCAUUUGGGUGUUGUCUUUCCUCUACGGAGCCUUGCCCAUCAUGGGAUGGCACAAGGCACUGAUACCCGGGGGUGUUCCUUGUAGUUACCUGGGGACGCUUAGUGAUGGCUUCUUGCACUUGACCAUGGCGACAUACUUCUCUCCGAGUUUCAUGCUCAAUGUGAUGUACGCUCAUAUAUUCAUGGUGGCCAGGAAGCACCAGAGAGCUAUACGUAACCUGGAGGUGGGACCGGACAGCCUCGGUUUUGACAAGAAGAGCUGGAAAUUAACCAAGACCGUCGUCAUCAUCAGCGGAGCUUACAUUUUAUGUUGGACACCCAUGGGUAUUGUCAUAAUGCUGCAUCUGUACGGAUUUCUACGAGGGAUGACGUCAGAGGAAAGUAGCAGCUACGUUGUCUACGGCAGCAUUUCCGCCUACUGCAACGCCCUCGUGAACCCGAUCAUCUACGCGUUCAAACUUCCGGUCGUCAGGAAAUACUACAAGCGCCUGUUUUGUUCGUGUGUGUGUCGUCACGUUCGGCAUGAGACCCCACUUGGGACGAAUGGGUCGACCCAACAAACAUCAUCACACUCACACUAA